UGGUUGAUUAAUCCAAGCACGGCUUUUUAACAUGUUACAAGUAUUUGGAAAAGUAAAGGAGCUUCGUCUGGGGCUACAGCGCUUUCAGAGCGUGAUACGAGAGAGGAUCAUGCGCCCUGAUGAUGCCAACAUUGUGGGCAAUGUGCACGGAGGGACCAUCCUGAAAAUGAUUGAAGAAGCGGGGGGCAUCAUCAGCACUCGCCACUGCAACAAACAGCCAGGGGAUCGCUGUGUGGCAGCCCUGGCUCGCGUGGAGCGCACUGAUUUCCUCCACCCCAUGCUGAUCGGAGAGGUGGCUCACGUGAGCGCAGAGCUCACCUACACAUCCAGACACUCUGUGGAGGUGCAGGUCAACGUCAUGUCUGAAAACAUCCUUACAGGGUCCAAAAAGCUAACAAAUAAGGCAACUCUGUGGUAUGUUCCGUUCUCCCUUGAAAAUGUCGACAAAGUCACCGAUGUUCCUCAGAUUGAGUACGCCAGCCCGGAGCAGGAAGAGGAAGGGAAGAAACGUUACGAAGCUCAGAAGAUGGAGAGGCUGGAGAGCAAAGAGAGGAACGGGGAAGCCAUCAUUCCCGUCAUCAGCCCAGGAGUCACUAUGAAGCUGAUGGAUGAGGUGGCUGGGAUCGUUGCUGCCCGACACUGCAAGACUAACAUCGUGACGGCCUCGGUGGAUGCCAUCAACUUCCACCGCAAGAUCAAGAAAGGCUGCGUGGUGACUGUGUCGGGCAGGAUGACCUUCACCAGUAACAAGUCGAUGGAGAUCGAGGUGUUUGUGGACGCAGACCCCCUGGUGGAGACAACGAAAGGGAAGUACAGAGCGGUCAGUGCCUUCUUCACCUACAUUUCACUGGAUAAGGACGGAAAGCCACUGCCUGUCACCUCGCUAAAGACUAUUUUGAGUGCAUCCAUCAUAAUCAGAGGCUUUCCUAGCUCUGCCUGGAGCAAGCCUUGCAAAAACAACAGCACAGAGGACCACCUGUCUACAACGAAGUAGAGAAUGACCUUCAAACAAGCUUCGUCCUUCGUGCCAGCACUCAUUCCCUCUCAUCCCUUUAUUUGCUUUUAAGUUGCACCGAAUUGAAUGAAUGUUGGGUUGCCAGCCUCUUCAUCAGGAUUUCAUCUUCUUCUUGCAGCGUUGAAAUAUCUGGAAGGAGUGCUUUUGGAAAGUUUGCGUGUACAUUGUGUAUUAUUGAUGGGGGGUGGGGUGAGAGUUACAGGAAUUGGUUUGAGAGCUCAGUGUGCUUUAACUCUACAGUUAUUCUGCUGUGCAAUUUUCUUCCCACAUUAAUAAUUUCAUUUUGGUGGAGUGAUGCCCACUUUGCAGCAGGAGUUUGAAGAAUAUUUAUAUCCACACUACCUCAACAAUGCACCAUCUACACAUGAUUUCCAUUCACUUUAUUCUCAAUUUUCAAAACCUGGCGAUGGCUUAUCCUAUAUGUGGAUAUUAGUUUAAAUCAUUCAGAUAGAUGCCAGUGAGUAUGAACCAGAAUUCUGUGCUGCUCUGCAGAGGCUAACAAUCACAGUGCCCGACCCAAGCCAACAGAUCAUGUGAGCAGUAAUAAUCUUCCCAGCGCAGGUGUUCAGCAGAGCCUCGUCCUGCUCCAACACGAGGUAAAGCCACAGGUGCAUGUUCGUCCAGCGCUCCUCGUUAAUUAGGCAUGGCUUCUUACACCCACUCCCAUGAAAGUGUGGGUGGAGGGAUCAUUAGUGGCAAUGCUGGCACGAAACCUUACCCAGCAGGCCAGGUCUGCAGCUGAAUGCGGGCAACUCAUUAAAGGCUACAUUUCUUUUCCAUAUCUGUUAGUUUGUUACAAUCUCUUGGUUGUUGAAAAUCUGUAAAUCACAUUCUGGCUCAUUAAUGCUUUUCUUUGUUUUCCAAUAAUAAACUAGGAUGGGGGUGUCCUGUUGAAUUAAUAUUGUACAGGUUAGGAUAUAGGGACCUUAACCUUCACAAUAACCAUGAUGGUUUUAAUGGGUUCCACCAACAAAUACAUUCAAUUAGGUAUCAGGGACAGACGCCUACAUCCUAUAAUGUAUACUGCAAGACAUAUACCAAACAGCUUCAAUAAAAUGAUUAGGUCUAAGGCAAACAACAGCACCCCAAAGGGGGGAGCGAUUUCCAGUCGGAAUGCCCAGGGCCCUGAAGUUCUAGACUCUUACGCUUUCAUCUGCUUCAAUGAAAAGGCAUUGGAAGGAAUGAGGUUUAGCAGACUCCGGGCGUUGAGGCGCUACAGUGUAUUCAAAAGGGCUGCUUAUUCAGUCGCAAACUGAAAUAAGCGACUAAUCUCAUUCUGUGAGUGACUGUCUGAUUACUGCCAGCCCUUUGAACUUGACCUGCGAAGAGAAAACAAAAGAAGCGAAUAAUGUAAUAAGAGCACUUCCUUUGAAAAGCCCAUCCCUUCGGAGGGCCUCAGACGGUGAUGCAUCCCACAAUGGGGAAAACACACUCUUAUUCUCUGUGUGUCAGGUGUAAGACUUCUAGCUGUUACUGAUUUAAAAAGAAAAAGCCUUUACAGUAAUGUAGGAAUGAUAGCUGUGAUGAGCUUAGUGCCAAAGGCUAAUUAAAAGACUUUAAAAGCCAGGUUGUUGAAUUGAUUGCUUUAGUGGUAGUGAGGUGUGAUGAGAGAGGCAGAGAGAGAAUGAGGAUUGCAGGCUUUUUUUGGUGUUUCCACUUUUCUACGGUACAGACAAGUCCCAAUGGUAAAGGGUAAAGAACUGGGGAGUCCAUCAAAAUCAUUUCCCUGCGCUGCACCAGGUGCCUUUUCCUUAUAGUUUUUCAUUAUAACAAUGCAGACUGCACAGAACCCCUGUCGAAAAAGUUCAAAUACUGUGGCCAGGUUUGUGCCCUGGAGACCAGAAUGCUGUGGCCUUGUUGGCAGCCAACCCAAUCUGGAUCUAAAGCCAUUGCAAUCUCUUACUCUGCGCUCUCAGUCUCUGCUUGUGGGCCAUUUGAUAAUAUAAUUUAUUUUACGAAGUUAGUUAAAUGUUAAGUGAGGCAAAUGACCGUGCACUCGACUGUACCCACGAUCAAAGAGCUUUGUAGACCUCAGUUCUUUUUAAUAUACUGUAACAAGGCCAGGAUUGGGUUGCUGAUAGUUUCAACAGACAUCAAAGUCAUGUAAUAUAUAUAUUACAGCUUGUGUGUCUGUCACUGUGCUGAUCUGCUGAAGUGGCAAAAAGUGAUCCCCUUACAAGCCAUUCGGAAAAAAAAAAAGUUUUAGUAUUGGCCCCCCCACCCCUCCCCACCCCUCCCCGUCCAUAUCUGAUUUCUGUUCAGUUGUCAGUUUUCGUCCAUUACAAUCCCAGAGACCCCUAAAAUAGAAUCUGGGAAAGAUGAGAAUAAUCUGAAUAUAUUUCUUCUUAUGUACAAUACACAGAGGAUCAUUAUUAUAAACCACGCUCAUUAUGUGAAGAAACUUUUUAUUUUUUUAAAUUUUUUUUAAGGAAACGGUCUCAGAAUUGGCUUGUAAUUCACACAUAACAUCACACUCCAGAGUUCUCUACAUGCCAUUAGCCGAGCAAUGCACCCACAUCUUGCUGUUAAAAAAAACAGCUUUGAGCCAACCAUCUAUUGUAAUCUCUUAUUUGCUCUGCAAUAUUGUCAUCUUGGCAUACCACCACCCCGGCCUUAUUUGCUGUGCUGAAUGCUGUUUUGAAAAUGAAAUCGAUAUUCUUGUUGUCUUGAAAGCACAAAGCAUUGGUGUUUGUUUUUUUGCUUAUGGGGAUUUACUGCGCAGUGCUGACUAGAACACGCCAGGGAACUGUGGUUGUGCUGAAAUGACCUGGAAUUCAAUGAGGACUCCAGUCGUGGUGAUAUCCAUGUUCCAUUGCUCUCAAGCAAAGGGAUUUUGUUUUGUUGGCAGAAAGGGUUGCAUAUUAACAGAACGAGCCACCACGUUAAGCAGCGUGUGUUCCUCUGAUAGGGCAUUGUGUUAAUUAACAAUAACGACAUGUGUUUUAAUUGCCCUCAUUGCUGCCCGAAGACUCCUCUACGAACGAGAGCAAGGUUCCCUACAUGCUUGCCAUAAUUAAGAAGUCCAUACACCCAAAGGCUCUCGUUAAGGAAUUAUGAUGUCCUCCAUGGGAUGCUGUCAGAACCGUUGAAGUUCAUUAAUUAAAGAGGAGGCGAGGAGAGCGUUUUUCUGUCAGAGCGGAACAAAAAAGGAACAAUGACCCUAUUUCUUCAAGGAGCUGUCCCGGGAGUCGGCUCCACCCUGAGGUAGAAGAGGGCGAGACGCGCGAGGAAGGUAUAGGGCGUGUGCCUGUACGUUGUGUGGGCUGCACUUGUGCCACCCGGGAGUCAUGCCAGACUGGAUGAGAUGCUCAAAGGGGCCAGGUUUAUACUGCACUCAGUUAUCUAUAUGGCACGGAUAGUGACAGCCUCCUGCUGUCCCUUCUUCACACACAUACUGCCCUGCCAAUGUGCCUGGCGGGGCUAUUCAUUUAAAAUAGAAGAAAGGAGCAUCUAGCCACAAAUGGCAAAAUGCAUGAGACUUUUUAGAAGUUGUUUAAGAUGCCUAAUUAAAGUACAAAGUGGUCUAGCAUUUUCACACACGAGUGCCUAUUGUUUCUAUGCCACUGAUUUACUGACUGCAAAUUGAAAUUCUCACACCCCGAGGUUUUCAUGCAGGUAGGUAUAUAAAGGAUAUCAAUGACAUAUCUUGAGGUGUUGUAAUACGUUUGCACAGCACAGAACACUUCAUUAGGUAAAUCCAACUAAAAUCUAUUUUACUCAUGCAUAAUGCUUGCAUAACAGCAUAAAGAUAGACCAUGGAAGGUGUGCAAAUGCAACUAAAUGCAAGCCUUCACAAAUUUAUUUUAAAGAAGUCACUGCUUCUGAACCCCAACCCAAUAUGACCUCUGUAGCCACGUUCAAGGCAUACUGUAAUAUGAGGGCUCACAGUGUUUCCUUUCCAAAUCAACACAACAGGCAUGUACAAAACGCCCUCAGUAUUACACACGACUCUCUAUAUGUGUUUAAUUCCUAGCUUCGGGGGUUCAGUGUUAGGACGUCCUGGUUGGGGUUAAGGUUGUGUUUCAGUUUGGGAGGGCACCCCCACCUCUGUCCCCUCGCUUCCUUUCCUUUACACGUUUGCUGAAUCUUCCCAAUGUGAUUUACUCAAUCUAAUUCCUAAUCAGCUUGGGUUCAUACCACUUCUUCAUGUGCUUCAUGCCCUUGAGUGUAAUUCCAUUUAUUCAACAGAGAUUAUUAUUAUGCUCUUUAUUUUUCCUCUCUCUCUCUCUCUC